AUGGCAGCCGAAAAUGAUCUUGAUCGAAAUACAAUCUUUGAAAAAUUUGCCUCUAUUAAACGAAUGCAUGAUGAAGUAGGUAAACAACAAACAGAAGAUUAUCAAAAACGCUUACAAAAACUAAAAGACGAAGAAACUAAUUACAUGGCUAGAUUACUAUCGCAACAACAACAACAAGUUCCAAGUCGACCUCAACAAGAUAUAUCUGGUCGUGCACAAAAUUCAGCACGUCGUGAUUUGUUUUUAACAUCAAAAAAUGAUAAUAAUUAUUCCAGUCUAUCACAAUCACAACCACAACAACAACAGCAACAACAUUAUCCAUCAUAUAAAUCAACCAAUCGACCUUCCUCUCAUCAUCAA